GAAGCAAUCGACACCACAAAAGCACACUUAUUAGCCGUUCACCCUAUAUUUUCUGGAUGAUAAUUUUUCAAACGGAUAACACUCAAUAUUUCAAGUCUAUUAAACAUAAUUGAAACUCGGGUAUAACUGCAUUCUUGUUUAAACGCUACAUCAAACCGAAUAUGAGUGAUGAAUUUGGUACAUCAAACCAGUCUACUAUUACUCCAAGUGAACUUUCAGAAAUUCUUCAAGAUAAUAUGACCUUAGAAAAUUCAGGAUCAUCUCAGAGAUAUAAGAACAUGCAUCGAGAGGAAGAACGCCUAAUGUCUUUCACCAACUGGACUGUCGAUUGCGUCGAUAUUAACGAACUGGCCAUGUUAGGUCUCUACUUCUUAAGACCUCCAGAUGUUGUCAAAUGUGCUUUCUGUGAUGUUGAACUGAGAUAUUGGAUAUCAAAUGAAGAAGUUUUUAUGAAACACUUUUUAGGCAACAACGACUGUCCACUAUUGACGCUAAAAGAUAAUAACAAUGUCGCAAUUAACCCAGAAGAGCUAGAUAGUGUUCUUAUUAGCGCUUCUUAUUGUUCCAACAUGACUCUGCCAGAUUAUUCGGACGAACCUGAAGCUAUUGGAGAUGAAACAACUUCGACUUUGGAAGUUGAAUGUCCAGUUAGUUGCGCGUACGUUCAAUACGAAACAAAUGAAGAUCGUUUAGCUACUUAUGACAACUGGUCAUCGUCAUUCAAAAAGACACCUGAUGAAUUGAGUGAAGCUGGAUUUUUCUAUUCGGGAAUAAAAGAUGAGGUAACGUGCUUCUCAUGUGGAGGAUCAAUUGCGAAAUGGCAGGAAGACUACGAUAUUUGGGAGAUUCAUGCUUCUCAAUUUAGUAACUGUGACUAUGUACAAUUUGUCCAAUCAGAGGAAUUCAUACGAAAUGCUAAAAGAAAGUAUGCGAAGUGGAAUAACAUUCCAGAAGAGGCUGAUUUGGACUUGCCUUCUACAUCUAGCAAUACAACUCAGAAUACUCUUGAGAUUACUUCUCAAACACAGGAAUCAUCUAACAGGAGUAUAUAUUUAGAUAAAUCUUGUAAAGUUUGUUAUAUUAGGGAAUAUAAUACGGCUUUCGUUCCAUGCGGGCAUGUUCUAGUAUGUAUGAACUGUGCAACUAAAAUGACAAUUUGCUCAUUAUGCAAUACACCCAUUACAUCGAUUGUAGAGAUUCGACUUUCAUAAACUUGGUAAACUUCUAAUUAUCAUGUACAUUAACAUAAAUUUUUCGAUUUUUAAUAUUUAAUGUAAAAAUUUCCAUCAUCAACCAUCAACAUUAUUUCUAAUUCAUUCGGCAGUGACCAUACUUAAUCGCCAAAUAAAGAGAGGGUGUGAUAUGGAGUUCGGAGGAACCUCGGUAAGUUGGUUCAAAAACCGAUAGCUUGACCUUAAUUUUUCGCAUUGUAACCCAAGUCAAUCAAUUUAUCGUAAUUGGUAUGAAUUUCCAAAGAAAAAAUAUUGAAAAUUGAUGAGAAUUUGCACUUAUUUACAACUGAAGAAAUGAAGUGCAAAAUGUAUGUUAUCUUUAAGUUCCAGAUAAGAUUACAAAAGUUUUUCAAUGUUUUUGAUAAUGUGAGAAUUGUUUGAGUUUAUUUCGCUUUUCAGUUUGUUUCAGUUGAAUAAAUACCGUCAAACGGGA